AGGGAGAGCCUGCUCCUCUCUCUCUCUCUCUCUGCUGCUGCUGGCGUUUCUUUUAUUUUUAGCUCAGAUCGAGUUUCCAGCCGUCGCUUCAGCUGCUGCAGGCUGAGCAUCUCCCAGCCAGCCGGACACAAGCUGUUCGCUGCACAGGCUGCAGCAUGUGAGCUGACCACUGCAGGAGGCGACAAACCGGAGGCUGAGGGACGCAGCAUGGGACGUCUGGAAACUGCAGAGUCACUGUGAUGCUCCGAAACAGGAAGCUGCAGUCAAGGUGACCUCCUCCCAUCCGCCCCUUUCUGUGGAUGACAUCUGAUCUCCUUCUGGUGGGAUCAGAUGAAGUGAUGCCGCUACAGGAAGCAGGCAGACUCAGGUCAGGGUGGCGAGCCGCCGCCGCACCGCGCCUACGCUCGCCUGACACUCUGAUGCUGGCGCCGUCUGGCGGGACGUUUUGGGCCAGAGGUCCAGAGGCUGCAGCUGGUUCUGGUUCUGGUCGGCUGUUGGAGUGAAGGAACGUCUGCGAAGCCGUUCUGAAACUGUUCUGUCUUCCACCAAACUUUCCUCAGCGUCACAGGGGUCGUGACCUGAGCCCCUCUGUCCGGCGCCAGCAGCAUCAUGGCGGAGACCGGGUCGGACCCGGCCGUGGCCGUGCAGCAGUGACCCGAUGAUGAGCUCGUCGUCCCCACUCAGAGUGGAGCCCGUCUCCGUCCCCACCCUCACCGUCCUGCCGCCGUCCUCAGACACAGAGUCCUGGUCCCGCCCCCCCAGCCCCAGACCGCCGGGCCGGUCCCACCGCAGCAGGACCAGAACCAAGCGGCGCUGCGAGGGCCCGGCGGGCCUGCAUGGCGGUGCCGCGCGGCCGGGAUGGGGCGAGACGCCGCAGAUUGUGGUGGAGGAUGGCGAGCGGCGCCGCAGCCCGUCUCCCUCGGCGGAGCGGCGGCACGAGGACGGCCCGUCACAUGACCUGCUGCUGCCGCCGCCCCGGUCCUGGUCCAGAAGCCCCUCCCCCGGCCGGCGCUCCCGCUGGUCCCUCAGGAGCCUGCUGAGCAGAGACUCAGACGUGGACGGCUGUAGGUUAGUGAGCAGUCAGUCGGCACUGGACCGGACCGGACCGGUCUGCAGUUCUCCUUCAGCUCAUCCACAUUCAGGUCCAGAGAGGCGGUACCAGAUUACCGGGCCUCAGUGUUACCCGGGUUCUAAUCCCAGCAGGAAUGAUGUAAACAAACAGGGAGAAGCUGCUGAGGAGGCGGGAUCACCUCACCGUGAUGACAUCAUCUCCAGCCAAUGGGAGCAGGCUCUGGCUCUGAUGAUGUCAUGUGAAUCCAAUCAGAUCAGACGUGCAUCACUGCAGUGGGCGCAUGAGCAGCUGCUGCAUGUUGACCAUGCUGAAUCAUCUGCUGCAUGUUGGACCUCUGCUUUCACCCACUUCCUCUCCACGCUGUCGGCUCGUUUCAUCUCUGUUCUCUUUGGCUCGGGUUCGGACCGCUCCUCAUCGUCUGCAGAUUACACUGAGGGACGGCCAUGCAUGCGGGCCUGGCUCAGGCCAGCCUGGAUUAUCAUCUGGACUCUAAUCCAGAGAGAUGGACGCAGCCCACAUCAACUGUUUACCUUCUGGACUCUUUCAUGUUUUCAUGUCCGCCAUUUUCUCUCUCUCUCAGACCUGUCGGUGGGCGAGUGGCAGCAGGACGGCGCCGGCGGCACCAGCAGCCGGGUUCUGAGCUACACCAUCGCCCUCAACAACCCGCUGGGCCCCAAAACCGCCCCGGUGGUCGAGACGCAGACGCUGCAUAAGAGCUGCUCCAGAGGCGAGUGCUACGUGGUGGACUCAGAGGUCAUCACCUCCGGGAUCCCCUACCAGGACUACUUCUACACCGUCCACAGAUACUGCCUGACCUCCAUCAGCAAACACAAGAGCCGCCUCAGAGUUUCCUCAGACAUCUGCUACAGGAAGCAGCCGUGGAGUCUAGUCAAAGCACUGAUAGAGAAGAACACCUGGAGCGGCAUAGAGGAGUACUACAGGAACAUGGAGAGCGAAGUGUGCAAGCUGGAGACGCUGCUGCAGACCGAGGUUUCCGUGGUAACCACAGGCGAAGCCGCGGGCGCCGACGCCGCCAAGACGCCGCCGUCCCUGCGACGGCGAAAGCGCACCUGCUCCCGGCGGCAGAGCGAGAGGGAGGGAGGCGGUGCGGAGGCGGGCGAUCGAGGGGAGCGAGGCGUCGGGGACGAGCGGAACCGCAGGGAGGCCAGCGCUCCGUUCCUGAAGCUGGGCGAACGCGGGCGCGCCGGCGGACACGGCGGCAUCUCCACCGUCCUCCUCAUCGUCAGCUUCAUGAUCUGUAUCAGUCUGGUGGUGCUGGUGGCUCUCAACAUGCUGCUGUUCUACAAGCUGUACGCUCUGGAAAGAGCAGCUCACACACUGGAGAGGUGGCACUCCUUCUCUGUGGCCGACAGUCCUCUGCCCCAGACGGCGGGCGAGUGGGCCCAGGUUCUGCACCUCCAGCGGCAGUUCCACCAGGCGCAGCUCAGUAAGUGGCAGCAGAUCCUGCAGUCCUCCGUCUCCCUGCUGGACCAGAUGAAGCAUUCCCUGGAGAAACUCCACAGGAACAUCGUGGUUCCGGACGGGGCGCCGGAUCCGUCUGCUGACACAGAGUCCCUGUCUGAGACCUGACCUCCGACCCGACCCGCAUCCUACCCACUCCGGUCUCAGGACUCCAACACUUCCAAUCAGAACCCGGUCCUGGGUGGGACAGACAGAUAGACGAACUACACUACCCACAACCCCCCUCUCCUGACUGACUUGAAGUCGCAUCAGACGCCUUUAGCUUCGACCAAUGAGAAGCUUCCAGAACCACAGCAAUAAGCCCCUCCCCCCGCCGCUCCGUGAACCUGAACAGAACCGGGCCACAGGCGGGCCGCCGGGUUCCAGACUGCUUCCUGACCUGCUGCGUGGCGCCGGGACCGGACCGGUUCCGGCCGGAGACGGACCUCCUCAGUAUUUAUUAUUACCUCCCAAGUCUCGUCCUGCUUGAACAAGUCAUGUGAUGGCUGUUCUGCGCUCUGAUUCGCUGAUGGUUGGACCAAUCGGAGAACGAGGUUCAGCAAUAAUGAAAACCUUUCGCUCUUUACGAAUGUUUCUCUGAAAACUAGUUUAUUAUAAUAAUUAUAAUGAUAAUAAUAGUGAUGAUGAUGAUGAUGUGUGCGUGAAGAACGAGGAGAGAGCGCGUCGCCAUGGUUACGUCAUCACAUGCUACUUUUCCUCUCCAGUGUUUUUGGUUCUUUUUGCAAACUUUUCUUUGUGUCCAAACCUUCAGCCGAGUCGGAAUGAAACGGACCAAGCAGAACUUUUCAGGCCCGGAAGAACAAAAAGGGAAACAGUGUUUUGUUUUGUUUUUGUUGUGAAAUUAAUCUGAAUUUACUCGCCACCAUUUUUUUUUUUUUACUUUUUCACUUCCUGUUCCGACUCUGACUCAGGAUCGGUUUCUCAUCUCUGCUUUCUGGGAUUUUCUCCCGACUUGAGCGGCUGCAGAAGCUGGUUGGCCCUGCUGUGCACGGUCGUCAUGGAAACGAGAGGCUGGCGUAUUUAUUGUGGAAGGAUGAGGAGGAGAGAAUGUACUGUAAAAAAUUUGUGAUUGUACAAAACAAGAUGGAGAAAUGAAAAUGAGUCUGAGGUUUUUCUUCACGUUUUCUUGACAAAUGUCAAUUAAAUUGUUAGAAAUUAUAAAUAAAAUGUUUAAUUAAUAAAUGUU